AGGCCAACAGGUUUGGAAUAGCCAACAGCCGACGAUUCAAUCUAGUCUUCAACAACAGAGCUAGGAAUCGCACAAAAUGGGCAGACUCAACGAAUACCAGGUCGUUGGCCGUCGUGUGCCGACCGAGAAGGAGCCGGUGCCUAAGUUGUACCGCAUGCGCCUUUUCGCCCCGAACGAGGUUGUUGCCAAGUCCCGUUUCUGGUACUUCCUCAAGCAGGUCAACAAGGUCAAGAGGGCCUCUGGCGAGAUCGUCUCCGUCAACCAGAUCUUCGAGAAAAAGCCAUUGACCGUAAAGAACUUUGGUAUCUGGAUUCGUUACGACUCUCGGUCCGGAACUCACAACAUGUACAAGGAGUACCGUGAGCUUACCCGUACUGACGCCGUGGCGUCCUGCUACCAAGACAUGGCUGCUCGUCACCGUGCCCGCUUCAGCUCCAUCCAGAUCAUCAAGGUCGCCGAGGUCAAGGCCGCUGAUGUCCGCCGUGCCUACAUCAAGCAGAUUCUGGACCCCAAGCUUAAGUUCCCCUUGCCCCACCGUGUGACUCGCCCGGCCAGCAAGCGCUUCCGCCCUGUGUUCAGCGGUACCCGCCCCGGUACUUUCUAGAUUCUUGGAUGGAGUCUGCUGUAAUAUAUCGGUCGUCAAACAACUUUUUGUCCUUUCCGCAGUUGUGAUGUUCGAGGGACAGGCCAGAUCUUGGGAUAUCAGGAAGCUUGCAACGUGGAUGAACUGGGAAGGAGGCUGGCGGGAAAUCGGGGAAGUCUCGACGUAGGAGAACGGCGGAUGGGUCAGGGCCUUUGGAUGACUACGAGACGAGCUACGGCCGGGGAAGUUGUCUUACCACUCAGACGUUGAUGAAUGGGGAUAUCAGAAGUCUUUGGCAUCCUAUCAAAUUGGUGGCGCACAGCGUCGGCCUCCGACCUUCCCAAACCCAC